AGCGAGUUCACUUGACUGCUGUCACUCCUUCCUGCACUCACCUUCGCUUAUGAUCACGACUUCAACAACAUUCACUCGCAGCAUCUUCACGUGCUGUUGUUCACCUGUGCGCCACCGACGAAGAAGACCGUUUCAAGGCACAGCCGAGCUGGUACUUGAAGCUGAUACAACACACUUACAAAACCAACCACCCUCCUUUGGUCACCACGAUCACAACCGAACGACAACACCACCGCCAUGGUCUCUGAACGCAUAUACGACCUUUGUCGUCCCGUGCUGGACAGGGAGGACAUCGGAGAGGAGGAGAAGACCGAUACUUUGGAAGAGCUGCUGUCGUCGGAACCCACAUCCCUGAAGGGCAAAGCGCUGGAAGAUGCAGUAUUGGGAGUGCUCUGGCAAUGGAAGGCCGCGAGCGAUACAACCUCGUCAUCUCCGCCCACACGUGGGCCUGUUCCGGUCCGCUCGAGAUCACCUGCUCCGUGGAUACAACGAGCUGCGACGCCCACCUCUGGCACGAGCUCGCCGCGAUUUGCAAGCGCAACACCGAGUGUUCCACCAGGUUUCGGACCUCAACCACCCGCACUAGCGAGGACAAAAUCUUCCACGAUCGGCUCGCCAUUUGCUUCACCAAAGGCUUCUCCUAGACUACCCGUGGCCACUCCAGUAAUACCCCACAGCCCUCGGCUGAGCGCAUACCAGUUCAGCGAGGCGUUACCCAACUCGGAAAACUAUGGUGAUUAUGGUAGUGACAACGUCGACUGGCUGGUCAACGACGAUACGAGUAGCAAUGCUAGCUUCGGCGAUUCUGGUUUCGCCAGCUCUUCUGACUACAUGUCAUCCUACACAACCGACAUGAGCCCAUACGACAUGUUGCGUUCGAUACUACAGGACAACCGGAGCGACGAAGAAUUGGAGCAGAUACUCGAAGCGAACGGGUACGACCUGAGUCAGACCGUCAGUCAGAUCAUGGAGACUCAAAGCGCAAGCGGAGCAGCCUCCGCGGCUGCGCAACAGCAACAGGAGCAACAGAACCGGACGUACCUCAUUGGAAAGAACAUGUCACCUGGGUCGCGUCCUGUAACACCACUUGGUCAGCAGAAAUCAGCUACGGUCUGCAGGUACUGGUUGGCUAGUGGCCACUGUGCUCGAGCAGAUUGCAGAUUCGCGCAUGAAGUGCAGAACCAUCUGUGCAAGUACUGGCUGGCCGGAAACUGCAUCGCUGGGAGCUCUUGCUUGUUCUCACAUGACCCAACGAUUCUCAUGCAGCAAUUCUCCCUCGCCACCAGUGGAACGACGACUCCACAGCAGUUCACGCCCAAUUUCCAAUUACAAGACUACGACAGCUUUCCGGCCCUGCAGCCAACAACUAGUAAUCCAUAUGAGGACAGCCAGAGCGUAGACGCGGGAUCGUUGAACACGGCACUUCAAAAACAGCAGCAAGCCAUGGCCGAGGCACCACCGGGUCUCUUUCCGAAUUUCGUGCCCACAGGUCCACGUCUCAGCAGCCGGCCCAAUUCGCGACCCGGUAGCAGGCACACUUCUCGCGCUCCAACUCCUGGUGGCCGAGUGGACUUUCAGGAUGACGAAGCAUUCCCUACGCUAGGAUCGGCCGCAAGCAAACCCAUUGGUAAGCGUCACCACGGCAAGCGAGGAGGACACGGUCACCACAAUCAGGGACAGCCAGUUCAACAGCCUGGCAGUCUCGCACAUGUAGUCCGCAUGUCGCCCUCGCCGGCACCUAGUACCAACAACAUCCGCGAUGCCAUGCGCCGCGGUCUUCGCAACAACCGCUCUUUCACAUCCACGCGCGAGAACUCGUCAGCAGCAAUGGCGAUUCCAGCUCCGAAAGAAGUCCCAUGGCUCGAGACCGGCGACAAAGUCAACUCCGCUUACCUCAAAGCUCGACAAGAAGCAUUCAAGCACGGCGGCCUCCGCAACAAAUUCCUCCAAUCCGCCGCCCAAGCCUGGAACCGAAACGACGCCCGCGGCGCCAAGGCACUCUCCUUGCGAGGCCAGAACGAGAACGCCUUGAUGCGGGAGAAACACCGCGAAGCCGCCCGCGCACUCUACGCCGAACGUAACAAGGCUCUGGCAGCGGGCAGCGCGGGCUCCAAGGAGUUAUACGUCGAUCUACACGGCUUACAUCCGGAAGAAGCGGUGCAGUACCUCUCCGAAUGUCUGAAAGAACAAAAAGACGCCAAAGGAAACCGGCCCGUCUAUGCAAUCUGCGGAACGGGCCAUCACUCCAAGAACUCGAAAGACAAACUCGGCAAAGCGGUGAGACAGCACUUGAACGACUACAGAUUUGCGUUUCGAGAGUUCAGCGUGCCUGGAGAUCGGAACAAUGUGGGUGGCAUUUUGGGCAUUGAUCCCGCGAGUGGAGACAAG